AUGGCUCGCUGGCGCACCGCCAUCCGGGCGGCCUUGUUCGCCGCCGCUACCUGCCCUUCCUCUGCACAGGAUACUGGCUUCGUCAACGGCAGAAAGGCUCUCUCCACCGAAGAUAGCGGCGUCGUUCCUGGCCGUUACAUCAUCGAGCUCCAGCCAGGCGGCCAGGGCCGCCGUGCUCGCACCCGUGACGAGUCUGGGGUCGAAGCCGUUGUACAAGAUAUCAACUCACUUGGCUACGACGCCACGGUCAAGGAAGACUUCUCCGGCCUCUCGAACCGUUUCGACGGUGGCACGGUUGAGGUCUCUCUCGAGAACGACACCACCAUCAUCGACGACAUCAAGAACAUCCCCGGCGUCGCCAAUGUCUGGCCUGUGCACCACAUCUCUCUCAACGUCUCCUUUGAGACGACGAGCGGCUCUCCUGAGUGGAAUCCUCACACUUUUACCCACGCCAAGGAGGUGCACGACCGCGACUUCACUGGCGCUGGGCAGCGAGUCUGUGUCAUCGACAGCGGCAUUGACGUCAAUCACCCAGCGCUCAAGGACAACAUCGCUGGCGGCAAGAACCUCUUCGAUGGUUCCGAUAGUCUCGAGGACUGUACUGGUCACGGCACCUUUGUCUCCUCCGUCAUCGUCGCCAACAAUAAAGAUUAUCACGGCGUCGCCCCUGGGGCCGAGAUAUACAUGUACAAGAUCUUUGGAUGCGACACCACUACGAGUACCGACCUUGUUCUCAAGGGUCUGCUCGCAGCCGACGCAGACAACUGUGACAUUAUCUCCAUGUCAGUGGGCAGUAAAACCGGCUACCGCUAUGCUGUGACGGCACGCGUCGCCAGCGAGGUGGCUCAAGACAGACUCGUCAUCACCGCUGCUGGCAACGACGGCCAGAAGGGCCCUUGCUUUGCCAGCUCUCCCGCUGUUGGUCAAGGUGUUGUGUCAGUCGGCUCAGUCGAAGCUGACCAAACACUUGCCUGGCCUGCCCGCAUUGUCUCAUCGAGCGGCGAGUCCCUCAACAUCUCCUAUGUGACACCUACUGGCUUCAAGUAUAACGAGACGCUAGACGCUGAGCUCACGCUCGACACUGGCGACUCGUGUAACAUCCAGAGCUUCGCAAACGAGGGAGCGGCUGUUCUCUCCAAGCGCGGUGUCUGCCCUAGUAGCUGGGCUGGAAGGACUAUCGUUAAUAGGGGCUAUGACUACGCUCUUGUUUUUGAUGCGUACAACCAGGGCUUUUAUUACGAUGUCGAUUUUGCGGAGAACUUUUGGGGAGACAUCAAGCUCUUCGCCAUCGUAGCCGCGUCGGUAGGUGACUGGGCGCGCGCCCAGGCUGCCGAGGGCCACACAUUCAGGUUGGUUAUCAACGCUGAUGCCGACCCUAUCUCGGGCGAUGAUACCGAGAUCCCCAGCGCCGGACACGUCUCGGAAUUUUCGUCCUGGGGCCCCUCAUACGAGAAUGACUUGGCUCCUCUGAUCUCGGCUCCUGGAGGUUUCGUUUAUGGUGCUUUCCCCGAUGGCAGGUUUGCCGUGUCCUCGGGCACAUCCUUUUCCACCCCCUACGUCGCCGGCGUGGCCGCGCUCUACUAUGCCCACGCUAAGAAGGACAAGGACGAGUUCAUUCGCCGCCUCGUUUCAACAUCGCAGACUCUGCCAGCAUACUCUGACUCUGACAAAAAGGUCCUUGCUCAGAAUGGACCAGUGGCCCAGCAGGGCGCUGGGCUCAUCAACGUUGCCAGUGUUUUCAACCACGAGGUUGUGCUGCUCUCAGAACCGGCGCUGCACCUCAACGAUACCGACAAUCGUGUUAACACUCACACGAUCCGCGUUCAAAACAACGGUAACGAAGAGGUAGUUUUCAACAUCACGCACGUGCCCUCUUCGACCGUGUCUUCAAGGAACGUCCUUUGGUACGUGAACACGUACUAUCCUCCCCUUACCGAUGCCGCCGUCUCUGUGGAUGCUCCCCAACUCGUUACUGUACCCGCUGGUGCCACUCAGGAGUUCGAAGUUACGUUUGCUUCCCCGGAUGAUUCCAAAGAUAGUGGUGCCUUGUGGUCUGGCAAGAUUGUUCUUCAAGGAUCCAACGACCAAGCAAUCUCGAUUCCCUACCUGGGCGUCGAGGCAUCGACCUAUGAAUGGGGCGCCCUCCAUCACGGCGCAGAAGUCUACUAUUAUGAUCAAAACACUGGCGAGCUACACCCGGUAGACUACACUGGUAAGCCGUACCGGGCUGCUGAGGGGGGAUCGCCUGAGAUCUGGUUCGCCUUUCGUUACGGCACGUACGAGUUCUCCAUCGACAUUGUCGGAGAAGACUACACAACAGACCAGUUUGUCUACCCGCCUGUCGCCGCUGUCGGGUCGGAUGCCUGGUACGGGCCCAUCCGUCAGCAGCCUGUUAUCGGUUGGAGCCCCAUGGAUUUCCCCAUGCGGGAGGUUGUCCGUUUCUCCCAAGGUUCAUUCGUCACGUUCCGAAGUCUCGCCAACGGCACGGCCAUUCCUUCUGGUCGCUACCGUAUCUUAUCACGUGCCUUGCGUAUCUUUGGCGAUGCCUCGGACCCUAAGGACUGGCAAUUGUACCUAUCAGACUCCUUCUCGGUCCAGCUUGGUGAUGAUCCCGUUCCGGAAUCUGGCUCGACCACGACAACCCUGGAUGCAGCUUCUACCGCUGCCGUGCCCUCUUCGCAGGCACCUUCGGCCACCACAGCCGAUGUGACGUCUACAACCGAGGCCGUCGUAUCCUCUGCCACUACGAGCGCGCCGUCAUCCACCGUUACCGAAGACGCGACAUCAGUGCCCGGCAGCACGACAACACUUGACGUGGCUGCCGAACCCACCGGACUCGAGGGCGUCGUCUCAUCCCUUCGCCUUCAGCGUCAUCAAGACCCUUCGCCCAUGCUAGCAGAUGCUUCAGUCUGGAUGGAACUUCACAUCCUGAUCGAUAUUCCCCGUCCUGUGCCCGCAAACUCGGUCGUGCAGUUUGCCAUCCCAGAGGAGAUUGUCGAUGUGGCCGACGGAGCCACCCUCUCGACCUCGGGGAGCUCUCUCGGUCGGACAACCUUUAACAAAGAGACGCGCAUCUACAGCUUUCCGACCGGCGAGUGGGCAACAUGGCACAAGAACAUGCGCGGCGACUUUUACGUCAUGUGCCGUUUCGACCCUGACUUUGCAAGGGCUAUGAAGCCUGGCACGUACGUCGUCGAGUUUCCCGUCGCGGGCGGCGCCGUCUUGCAGUCGACAAUCUACCACACGGCCGUUGACCGUACAGAGGUCUACGAGCGCCUGUCUAUGAUCCCGUACGACGGCACAACCCUGUUCUCGGCCGACAUUGAGGUCCCUGCUUCGCACGGCCCCUGGGACUGGGUGCAGCUCGAGACGUCACUGAACACCAUUGACGGAUUCGUCUGCGACCAGUCGGGCGUCUACGUUGGACGCGCUUCGUGCGGCGACCAGCGCAUGCGCAGCAUCACCGACGUGACCGAGGCCUCGACCGACCUGUGCCAGACAAAGAGGUACCGAGCCAAGUACCAAAACACUCUGAAGGGCAACGAGGUCCUUCGCUUCACGGUCGCCGGAAUUCAAGGUAACUGGAACGCGUGGACAUUUGAGUUUGUGUACGCCCUCGACGUGCAGCUGACAAACGGGACGAUGGUGCUGUAUGAUUACAAGGCUGUCAAGUUUGAGAAGAAUCCUCGCACGACCACUGCCGAAUUUGACCACUUUUCGGGAAGGGGAAUCCCCGCCAGGGAUGAGCUAGUGGCGAAAGUUGGGUGA